AUGGAAACGGCAGUUACGCACAUUGGAAUAUUGAUGAAUGGAAAAAUUAUAAGAGAAGACACUACAAAAAAUCUUAUGGAAAAAUUUAAAACGUCUUGCGUAGAAGAUUUGUUUGCAGCAAUAAUAUUCGCCAAAGAUAAACUGCACAGGAAUACUUCGGAAAAAAGAAUCAGGAGAUUAUCGAUCUUUAAUGAUCGUAUUUCGCACCAAUAUACGUCAUUACUAAGUUCCACGUUCAAUACAGAACUCAGUGAACCCAAAAAACAAAAAAGCGUACUACAGGCACUAAUACUAAAAAACAUUUGGACUUUGAUCAGAAUGUAUUCGUAA